AUGGAGGCCGCCAUCCGCUUCUCCCAAAACUCGUUUCCAGGGAACCCACAAAGAUUCUUAUACGUUGAUGUCGUCGGGAAAUCAUUCAGGCUGUGCAACAUCACCAAACAGACCAAAAGGACUUUCAAAUAUGAGGCUAUUCAUACUUCGACCAAAGUUCCAGCAUUUCGCGCCUUCGACUGGCAUCCCCUCAACGAGGAUCUGGUUGUUGUCGGUCAGGCUGGGGGCGAAGCCACUCUUUUGAACAUAGCUGAGGGUCAACAGGACUCCUUAUCCUUUCAAGUCAGGAGUCAGCGCCUUUGCAACGCCGUGGCUCUCAACACUCAAAACCUCUUAGCCGCAGGCCUCGACAAAGUGAGGACAGAUUUUUGUCUCAACAUAUGGGAUUUCAACCAGCGGCUCCCUGCACCAGGGUCUAAGGGUUUUUCCAAGAAUUAUUCGGAUCCCCUCCAUAAAUUGGCAAGUGGGGAGCCCAUCACCAGUUUGAAGUUCUUUCAGGACGACCCUACACUUUUAGUUGCGGGGGUCAAAGGUCAAUUCGUCAGACUGUACGAUCUGCGAGAGCCAUCUAUUGGCAACGGACUUCAGUUCGCUACUAGGUGUGUUCAUAAUCUGGCCAUCGAUUGGCUGGACGAGAACUACUUUGCCUCUUGCUAUCCUACGAACGACCCUUCGAUAUGUGUUUGGGAUCGGAGAAUGAUUAGCCGUGUCAACACCCCACAGAUGGGCUUCACUGGGGGCUCUCAUAAUGAAAACCGCCAACCUGAGCUGUCCUUGGAGUUGAAGAGCGUCGUGGAAAGUCCAGGGACAAUUUGGAGCGUGAGAUUUUCCAAGGCCGAGCGAGGAUGCUUGGGCGUUCUUUCCAGUACCGGGCAACUAAAAGUAUACAAUCUGGGAAAAGACUUUUCUUCGGAGACCUACAGGGUUGAAAAUGACGGAGGUCAUGAUCUCUCAUGGGAGACCAGCGCACCACAGGAAAUCUUCCUCGAUCGAGCUCAAGAUAUCGAGAAGCAAUAUGCCAUCGCCUCCGCUCCAAGGGACGAGAAAUCGAGGGUCGUGUCCUUCGACUUCACAACAGCCACGACAAAUAUGAGGCAAUCGAGGAUGCUGGCACUUGAUGGACGAGGCCAAGUCAAGGUCACAUCCCCAAGCCCUCCGCCAGGACCGUCAGCUCUCUCUUCGACUGGAUAUCUGUGCAAGGGCAGCCACUUCGUCGAACAAACACCCACUGCCACGAUUGAACCAGGAAUUCUGAUCGACCAAGUUCGCCGCCGAGCUCAGCCCCGAAACGUUCUCAGGCAAACCAUCAGGCAAUCGCGACUAAACAGGACGAUUUCUGAUGCAAGACGGAUGUCGAGCCUCGAUGAUCAGGCAUGGCACGCAGAUCUAGGGUACUACGAAAAGGACGUGCCAUUGCCAGACCUUGUGACAUUGACCUCGCUCCAGCGGUUCCGCUGCGAAGCGGGUUAUCUUCUCAACCCCUCCAAGAAUAAAGCCAUCGUCUCGGACUCCCACUGGCUCCAAUCAUUCUGGGCUUGGGUGGAACGUGCUGCGAAAAUAGCCAAGAAUGGCAACAUGGCACAAGACAAUUUUGAUCUCUCUUACGUAGGCGUCUAUGGACUCUGGAUGGAAGACAUUGAUCCUGAGCACCGAAAGCUCGGCCAGAGCCCUAAUAAACUUGGGAAAACCAUUGAGAAUCUCGUGCGACGCUUGAACAUACCGGGCAUCAACAAAAUAACGACCGAAUAUCCUGCCAACAGGCAGCUCUGCCUCUAUUCAGCCGGCUUAGCGUGGUCCUCGGAUGAACUCGACUUGAUUGUCAAACGGCUAGUGACGAAAAAUCAGCACACAAAGGCGGCAGCAUUGGCUCUGUUUGCGAUGGAUCGCAAAUUGGCGUACAAGGCUCUCCGCAGCAAGACCGCCAAUCAGUCCCACAAAAUGCUGGCCAUGGCAAUUGCAGGGGCAUUCAAGAAAGCCCGAAACGAAGAUGCUGGGGCCAUAAGCCCUGAUGAGUCGGAUGCCCAGGACGAUUGGGUCGACACUAUUUCAUCCCUUGCCGAUGAGUUGACUGAUCCCUAUGCGCGAGCCAUCCUGGCAUAUGUCAAGUCUGGGGAUUGGUCGAAUGUUGUUGCCGAAGAAUCCCUGCCCCUCAAAUACCGCGUCUGCAUUGCUCUGCGACACUAUGACGACUCGAAAUUGACAAAGUACAUCUCACAAGCGACCAAGGAAGCAUUGACCACAGGAGACAUUGAGGGUGUUGUUCUGACUGGCACGGCGACGCAGGCUGCUUUUGACCUGAUGAACGGCUACGUUCAGCGCUUUGGCGACCUCCAGACAGCGGUCUUGGCACUUUGCUCGACUGUUCCACGAUACUUGGAUGACGAGGCAGUGCUUCGCAAGUUCAAUGGUUGGAAAGAUGCUUACAGGCACAUGAUAAACAGCUGGAAUUUGAAGUUUGACAGAGUUCGCUUUGACAUUGCCUGCCAAAACGCCGCUAGAGACGAAGCAGGGAGACCGCUCAUUCCUCCAGCAAGGCAGCAAGUACGUCUCGUCUGCAGAUUUUGCGCACAGAGCAUCGCACAUUUGGCGGGGAUGAAUGGCGAAAACGCUCCCGGCCACAAGGUUGUGGACACUCCUCGUCACCCGCUGACCAAGGAGAAGGCCGCGGCCAUUGGGAUCGUCUGCCCCAAGUGCGAACGCCAUUUGCCACGUUGUGGUGUUUGCGACCUCUGGCUCGGAAUUCCUGACGAAUCGUAUCUGCCGUGGUACGGGUCGCAACAAGCAUCAAAGCAUGAUGCUGGCAAAGGUAAUCAUGAUCUCAGUGCCAGCGUUGCCGGAAGUGUGCAGACUACGCUUGGACCCGACUCCACGGCCGGGUCAACCGUGAAAGGCACAACCAGCUCGCCCCGACCAAGAAACUCGGUUGCAGUGAACUCGAAGAUUUCAACAAGUGAUUCCUCGACAAGGACGGCCGUUCCUAGUCCCCAGACAGCGGCCGGCAAAGGCGUUGUGGACUCCAUUCCCGACAUCAUGGUGGCUGCGCCGCCAGGUUCAGCCCCGGCUCAAGAACCUGACGACGACGAAAUGAGGACGGCUGAGGCCGCACGGAAGUGGGAUACCGCCAUGUCUCGGUUCACCGUGAUGUGUCUCAAGUGUUCCCAUGGGUGUCACGCCGCACAUGCGCGGAUGUGGUUCGAAAAGCAUCGUGUGUGUCCCGUACCUGACUGUACAUGUCUGUGCAACGAGUGA